GCGCCUUUCCACUUUUGUUACCCUGACCCUUUUACCUCUCUGGACCGUGAACAAAAGGGCUCUCAGCAGAGAAAAGAUUUCAAAAUAUAUAUCCAAUUCAUAUUCAGAGCAACAAAAAAUAAAGGUAGACAAUUCAUAUCUAGAGCAACAAGAGCAACGAGAACAAGGAGUUUCGGAAAGAACAAACAGAACAAAGAGUUUCAAAGGGAACGAGGAGCUUCAAGAGAUUUACAUUUGCGAGAUAAGGGAAAAGCUAUUGAACCUGCAUUGCGAAGAACUGAAUUCACUUCUCUUGGAAGAACACUGCCACCACUGGAUGCCGAGAAGAAGAACCCGCCCGUUACUUCGAGCCCUACUCAGAAUCAUCAAACUCAAAUUAUGAUUUGCGUGACGAAUUUUGGGCCUGGUUGCUAGUGUUAUCAAGACUGUCUACCUAUAGCUUAAGCUCUUCGCCAAAGUAUUUUCCUGGGACGCAACAUGGAAAGUCCUCACUCAGUGAACAGUCCAAGAAGAACUCUCAGUCUGUCAAAGAAGCGGAGGGCAACUGUGUCCUUUUUUGACCCUGAAGACAAAACCUCUGGCUUCGGAUUGUCUGGCGAUCAUGGCCCUAAGCCUUCUGAAGUUUAUGGUUUUGUAGGUUCUAUUACCACUGUUGUUGCUACAGUUAUUUUCUUCAUAUGGGCAUAUGUUCCAGAAUCAUGGCUACAAUCUGCUGGCAUCUCGUACUAUCCUAGCAGAUAUUGGGCUUUAGCAGUACCAACAUAUGUGAUGGUGACCAUUGUUUUGAUGCUGGGAUUCUACAUUGGCCUUAACUUCAUUUCAACACCUUCCCCUUCUUCUUUAAACACAGUUUUUGAUGAAUUCAGUAGAGAUCCUUCGAGUAACGAGUGUUCUCUAGAAGAUGAAAAACCCAUCGAUCCCAUUUCAGAUAUCGGCCUUGACAGAAUCAAUGAUAUCAUGUUCAAUAAUGCAACCUAACAAUCACACAUAUCUCCAAUGUUGUUAUGGUAGGAAUUGCUAUCAAACAAGUGCUGCUAAUUUAGGUUAUUGUAGGAGAAGUUAUAACUACAGAGGUGAAAUUUAUUGAGUUGGUGUUGUGAAAGAAUGAUUUCAUUCUAUCUUACUGUAGAACUUCCUUUUAAUGCUUACUUUUUUAGGUCUAGUUUUUAAAAGCUUUUGUCUACUUAUUUUAGAGUUUUGAACCUUGCUACUUUAUGAAUUGGUGGUGAAGAGUUGUAGAGAAGGAAACGGCCUCUUUGUUUAUGGGGGUAAUAUUAUGUAUCUGACUCAUAUCCCAGAACUAUGGUUGUAUUUGUGGACAUGGCUGCUCACUGUGAAUUAUCAGGCCACAACGUAUCUGA